AUGGGCAUUCGAGGUUUACAAACGUUUAUUGAAGAAAAAUUAAGUUUACUUAAUCGAUUUGAAUUACACAAUUGUAAUGUGUUACUUGAUGGUAAUUCAAUUUACCAUCAAAUGUAUAAAGAAUGCCAUUUAACUUGUUUAUUUGGCGGUGAAUACGAUAAAUUUUAUCAUUAUUGUAAACAAUUAUUUGAAUCAUUUCGUAUCUGUGAUAUAAAUGCCAUUGUUGUGUUUGAUGGUGCUCGAUUGGACAGUCGAAAAUUAUCUACAGUACUCGAACGAUCACAACGACGCGUUGAUUAUUCAACAAGAACCAGUGUCAAUAUCGAUUUAAGUCCAUUAUUAUUACGACAAGCAUUUAUCAAUGUACUCGAUGCCAUGAAUAUUCCAUAUAUAUCAGCAUUGGGUGAAGGUGAUGACGAAUCUGUAUCAUUAGCGAAUCAUCUGGAUUGCUAUUUGAUAGCGCGUGAUAGCGACUAUUAUUGUUAUAAUCUUUCUAAAGGUUAUAUUCCAUUUGAUUAUAUUGAUAUCAAUCCAAUUGAAAAAGAUUCAUAUCAUUAUUUAUCAGCUCAAUUAUUUACCAUAGAUACUUUACUUGAAAGUUUUGUUGGUUUAAAUUCUGCUACGCUUUCACUUGCUUGUUGUUUAUGUGGCAAUGAUUAUAUCAAUGGAAGUAUAACUGAUCCAAUGUUCAAUCAUAUUAUGGCGAAUGUAGCCAAAUCACGUGUAUAUAAAAUUAGUAAAUAUAAUCGUACUAAACAUUGGUAUGCAAUGGAAUGGAUGAAACAAUUUGAUGAUAUUGAUACUGCAAUAGAAAACUUACUUUUGCCAAUUGAUAAAACAUUAAGAAAGAAAAUUGAAAUGAAAAUGCGACUUGCAAUUCAAUCGUAUUUGAAUCCGACCGAUACACUUAUUUAUCGUUUUGCAUCGUCGACCAAUGGAAAUCUUUUGAAAAAUUCUCAUUUUGUUAAAUUAGCUCGAGAUUAUCUUGAUACAAUCAAUAUGAAUGACGGACAAAUUCAAAUUCAAAUUGACAAAGAUUUAUCCGAAAUAAAAAGCAAACAUAAUCAGCCGGUACCAAAAUUUUUACUUCAUAAUUUAACAGAUCUUCAAUUAUCAGUAACAUUUAUUGAAAUGCUAAUUCAUCGUCAUUUCAUUUGUUCGGCACAUAUUGAAAUUGAACAGGAACCAUCGAUAUAUGUGGAUGCAAUACCAACUAUGUUACCAUGUCUAGCAAGUUUAAUUAAAUGGGAUAAUCCAGAAUGUGAUGAAUAUGCUAUUAUUUAUCACCGUGUUCUGAAGCAACUUAAACCAGUUGCUUAUGAAAUCACUGAAAUUGAUAAUGCUCUCGAUCUUAAUCGUUUGAAUUCUUUAUCAUUUAUUGAACGUCAAGAUUUUGUUUUGAAAUGCUUAAAAACUUCAUUGGCAGACCUACAAACAUACAAUCAUAUUCAUAGGGAUUAUCAUUUUUGGUUAAUGUGCAUCCGAUAUUGGUAUUCCAUUCGUAAUCUUGCGCCUGUUUAUCUCUAUGCUAUAAUUGUUUCAUUAAUAAAAUCUAUUCAUUUAUUUGACACCGAUCAUUUUCAAUCGGAAGAUAUUAAACCCUUAUCAAUAUCAGUAGACGAUAAUAGAAAUCAUACACAAAUUGAACCUGAAAUACGUCGUUCAAUAGGUUUAAAAUUAAAAGCUAUGUCAAGAAAAGUAUUUGGUUUGAAAAAAUUCGAUUGCAGUAUUAUACAUGAAUUUAAUUGUUUACAAACAAUAUAUAUGUUUAGUAUGUAUGCUAAUGAAUUUUUCAAUCGGCCAUUCGUCUAUAAAAUUUAUCCACAUCAAUUUUUAUGUGGAUCAUUUUUCUAUGCUUUUGUUGAAAGCUAUGAAACAACGCGAAAUUUACCGGCUGCUUUAAGUAGUCUAUUCCAAAAUGAAAGCAAAAUUUUAACGAUUAUUAAUGAUCUAUUCAUGGCAAUUACGUUAGAUACUGGUUUUUAG